UGGCUGUGAACGUUGAUGGCCUGUUGUACUUUGAAACCAGCUUCCUGUCGAGUAGUCCUUCCGAUCUCUGUGGAAGAGAGUCCCCUGUGUGGUCUUCCUGUGUGCACGUGGGUUUCCUCCUCCUUUCUCUCACAGUCCAGAGACGUACUGUACCAGGUGGGGCAGCUAUUUUCUGUGGCAGAGGCAAGUAAGAACGAGACUGGCGGCGGCGAAGGAGUUGAGGUGUUAAAAAAUGAACCAUACGAGAAAGAUGGCGAGAAGGGACAGUAUACGCACAAGAUCUACCACCUUCAGCGCAAAGUACCGAGGUUUGUGCAGAUGUUAGCCCCCGAGGGAGCCCUGAAUGUACACGAGAAGGCCUGGAACGCAUAUCCAUACUGCAGAACUGUCAUCACGAACGAAUACAUGAAGGAUGAUUUCCUGCUCAAAAUCGAAACUUGGCACAAACCUGACCUGGGCAAUACAGAAAAUGUUCACUGCCUGGAGCCCAAUACGUGGAAAAGUGUGGAGGUAGUUCAUAUCGAUAUCGCAGACCGGGACCAGAUUAAUGCUCGGGAUUACAAACCGGAGGAAGAUCCAGCAAUAUUCAAAUCAGUCAAGACGGGUCGUGGCCUCCUGGAUGCUAAUUGGAAGAAAAACCUGCCAAAGAGGAAAGAUUGGCCACACAUGUGUGCGUACAAGCUGGUGACCGUGAAGUUCAAGUGGUGGGGGCUGCAGAGUAAAGUGGAGAACUUCAUCCAGAAGCAGGAAAGGCGAUUGUUCACAAUCUUUCACCGGCAGCUGUUCUGCUGGAUAGAUCGGUGGAUUGAGCUGACCAUGGACGAUAUCCGGCGGAUGGAGGAGGAGACUAAGAAGGAGCUUGAUGAGAUGAUCCAGAAUGGGCCUGUGAGAGGACUGACAGCCACUGAUGAAUAGUGCCGGACUGCUGUUCAUGCACUGACGAGAUUGCGUCCGAGGCUGUCACACUCCAGCGGUGAAGGACGUCCUGCCUCUGAGUAACCCCCUCCUCCUCCUUCCCCCCCUGCCCCCCUCCCCACCUCUCCAUUCACAGAAUGAUAUUUUUAAACAAAUCUUGGGAUGUUGCUAGAAGAAAUAGAUUGUUGGGACCAGGCAGAGGAAUACGAAAGCACUAACUUUAAUCCCAUGCAGAAUAUACUGAGUGUUAGGGUUUGCUGUGCUCUACCUGCUAUUAUCGAUGUACUGUGUGUCUGGUCUGAACCAAGCACUGAGUGACCAUGGUUCAAAGGUGGUGACCAAUCUCAAAUAUUCCAUCGAGUGGCUAUGAUGUGCUAUUCCAAUUCGUUCCUCCUUCCAUCCAUGUGAGGUGAUCUUAUUAACGUUAAUUUAUUGCAGAAUCGUUAAUUUAUUUGGUUGUCUUAAGUGCAAUAAAACGCUCCUGAGGUGCCUCCCUCUGGAGCAGACCAGCAUUCCAUGUUUUGCAAAGCCAGGUAUAUCCAUUAGGAGAUAGUUUGUGAGGGGAGGUGGAGGGGGAGGAUGGUGGGAAGGAGACACGAAGUGGGGCCAUUACAAAUCCUCCUGGCUCUCGCUGUCCCACACCAAACGGGAGGUUGGAACGUCUUUAGGACUGGAGUGGGGUUCAGUGGGAGCCACGGUAAAGAGGCUUGGGCCUCUCCAGAGGUUUAGCCCCCAGCAUGCUGAGAGGGUAGUUGGGCCUACCAGGGGCAUUUGCCUUGUAUUAAGGACCUUCAUGUGCUGGGGACAUUGUCGUCCGGCCACGUGAGGCUGUUGCAGACCUAAGGAGCUUACCUCAGGGCUGAGAGUCGAUAGUGCAGCUCCUCCCCCUCACCCCCCAUUCCCCGCUUACCCAGUUUACUCUGAGUGCUUAAUCCGUCGUCUGUCACAUUCUCUGUCUCAGAAUCAACACCUUCCUGUCGUACUAUAACCAGUUUUUGGUUUUUUUCAUUUCUUGAACAAAGCAUCACUUAUUUUUUUAAUUGUUUCACUCAUGCAAUAAAUAAAAAAUGUCCAAUAGCA